UACGCCGCCAACUCACGCUUUUUUCGGAACGAUAGUAAAGAGAUUUAAAGUUAUACGUCAGUCUAAAAUUGCUUGUAUUCGACUAUACUGAACACAAGGACAGCGUAAGAUUUGUAUUAAGUAUUGUAUAUCAUUGCAAGGAAAUAAUAUGGCUGUCAGUACAUCUACAUCUGCUGUUGUGUCUCUAACAUCGUCAGUUCUUCUGUUCGCCGGAAUGCAAUAUUUCAAGGUGCAACUUGGAUCGACCGAAUGGUUUACAAUUUUGGGCGGUUUUAUUGGAUCAGUCCUCUUCCUUAUGCUACUUACAGGCGUUAGCAACCUGGAGAAUGUGUUUUUGGAUGACAACUUCCAAGCCAAGCUUUUCCCAGAGGUUCUCAUUUGCCUUGUUCUUGCCAUGACUGCAUCAGGGUUGGUGCACAGAGUUUGCGUGACAACUUGUUUCGGCUUCUCCAGUGCUAUGCUGUAUUUCGUCAACCAAAUAUCCAGCUCCAUGUACCAGAGUGCUGUUCCAACAACACCAGGUCCAAAGGCAAAAGUUCAAAAGAAGAAGAAGCAUUAAAAACUGAACUUCUAUGAUUUUAGUCAAUAGUUCUAAUAUGUGUUGGGUGUUUUUUGAACCUUUCUGCCAGCAUGUCAGAAUUAUUUAAAAACAUAUAUUUAAAUAUAUAUUUCGUGAUUAAUUAAAUUUUGGUGAUGUUUUAUUUCUAAAGCAACUGUUGCGCUUUUACUGUUGGUCUUCAACUACAAACACUCGAUUAAUAUGAAGCAUUUAUUUGCAUUCGUGUCCGCAUUGCUCAAUUCGUUCUGUAUGAUGAAACAUGUAAAACAUCUAUUGCUGUUUACCCUCUGUGCCUUUUAAUUUAAACCAACAGCAGUUCAUCUGUAUAUAAUGGAGUUUUAUUCAAAGCAUUGCAUAAUGCUCAAUACUAUAUAAAUUUCAUUAAAUUUCCGAAAAAAUGAUUCCUAGUUUUAAAUAGUUUUUUUUUCAGUUUAAAGUUAUUAUAAUGCAUUUUGACAAAACAAUCAACGAAUAAAUUGUAGCUUUGUGAAGAGUGUAAACAUUCCUUUUGUGACAGUAUAGGGAGUGUGGCAAAUGUUUGCAAUUUUUUAAUGUUUAAAAUAAUGUUAGUUGUUAAACUGUAAUGUCAACACUUGAAAUCUUCCAAAAUCUAUUAAACUUUAAAUAAAGCUGUUUAACUUUUGUAAUGUUACAUUCAAGUAAAAAAUAAAAUUGUUUCACCAAAACUGCACUCGCUAUUCUCCCAUAUUGGCUUAUAUCACAUGCAUGGCAAUAAAACUUGUUUAUUAACCAACGUAG